GCACGGUGCCAGGAGCAUCAAACAUCCACUCAGUGGUCGCUGUUUCUCUGAUACUGUUCAAGUUUCGCAAUGACUGGUCGUGGUAAGGGAGGAAAAGGAUUGGGAAAAGGAGGAGCGAAGCGUCAUAGAAAGGUUUUGCGUGAUAACAUCCAAGGUAUCACCAAGCCAGCUAUCCGUCGUCUUGCUCGUCGUGGCGGUGUGAAGCGUAUUUCUGGAUUGAUUUACGAAGAAACUCGUGGUGUAUUGAAGGUGUUCUUGGAAAACGUUAUCCGAGACGCCGUAACUUACACUGAACACGCGAAAAGGAAAACCGUGACGGCUAUGGACGUAGUCUACGCCUUGAAACGUCAAGGAAGAACUCUCUACGGGUUUGGUGGUUAAUUUCUCCUGCUGCAGACACCUCCUCACAAUCAAACGGUCCUUAUCAGGACCAACAA